CCUAAAAUACAGUAGCCAAAAGCUAUGGCGUGGCGCCUUCUCGUGAGCGAUGGCGCUGUGCAACCACUGGAUCCAGGACACGCAGCGUCUUUCCUCAAGACGAAGCCGCAAGGCGCAUACACGACGACCAGGACAGUGGAUGGAGCUUCGUGCUUGCUUCUAUGGGAGAGGCAUCUCGCGCGGCUCGCGCAAUCCUUGCAUAUCAUGCGGAAGAAGGCAAUCGAUCAAAGAGCUCUCACGAAACUGGUGAAUCCAUCGCUUUAUGCUGGAUUGGAGGAAGCGCUGGCGAGAAGAUCCGAUGAAGAGGAGCUGGUUGUGACUGUUCUUGCUUGUAAUAAGGAUGAGGGACCACUGCAAAUAUCUGUUCAUAUCACUGGCCUCGUCCCGGCUUCCACUGUUCCAGCACAAGUUUCUGUCAUGGGUCCUAGUCGUGAAACUCCUCUUGCAAAAUCUUCGCAGUGGGUCAGGACACGGCAAGUUUUGGAGCAAUGCAUGCCCAAGAGCACUGCCGAAGUGAUUCUCUCGAACGAUGGACGGCAUUUGCUCGAGGGGCUCGUGACGAACUUCUUCGUUGUCUUGAGCACUGUCGGUGAAGGGUCGAGAUGCGUCGUCCAGACAGCAGCGCUUGGGAAUGGCGUGCUACCCGGGACGGUCAGACAGCUUGUCAUCGAAAUUUGCUCGGAGAAGAACAUUCCGGUUCUCGAAGGCUCACCAUCUUGGGACGAGCGCUACCUCUGGAAAGAAGCGUUUGUGACGAGCAGCGUGAGACUGAUCCAACCUGUGAGCGAAAUCCAAAUGCCAAUGCCAUGGAACGCAAGCUUCGAUCCGGCGCAGUGGAAUCCAAACCACUGGGAUACUUUAUCUCUCAAGGCUCCCGGCAGCGUCACAAAGAUACUACAGAAGUUCUACAGAAGGAAGUGCUCGCGCGGGCAAAGUACCAUGGCAGCUAUGUCAGUAACUUAAUCCCAGGAGGUUAAUUACUGGUUUAGGGGCUAGAUGCUAUCAGUUUCUUUGUAUAUGUAGUUUGUUCAUACACAAGAUCACAGUUCUUGUGUGCCGUUUCAUAGUGAGCGGUAUAAGAUGUACUUCUUAUAGUGGACUUGGGCGAGUCUGUGGGACGGAAGCUCCUUGCGUUCGAAAUGCAAAGACGAGCUUGCAAAAGCAGGAUUUGUUGCAAAGAA